AUGGAUCCACGAUAUGACAGUGCUUUGAUUGGAAUUCUUCAAAACGAGGGUAGCCUCGAGAAAUAUCUUGAGGUCAUGUUUGGAUUUCUGAUGCGGAGGACUGAUUUCUAUUAUGAACUCGAAACCGGAAAAAAAUUAGGAUUCCCUCCUGGACAUGCUUUGGAGAUGGUGAUUAAGGCUUUUAAUAAGUAUCACACUAUCUUUAGACGGUAUCAGGAGGCGCAAAUGAGGAAAGUGUCAUCGGCCCCAGAAGCCAUCCCAUCAGGUAGGGUGAUUGUAUUUAAGGUCCUACAACUAGUAGCUCAAAUGCUUUCAGAUGAUUCGGAGACCAUUAAGCACCAGAAGUCUUCGGCUGGUACUGUGCAGACUUCUGUUGUUGGUCUAAAUGAUAAAGCUUCAAGACCUGAAUCUAAAAUUGGGAAACCGACAUGUGGUUCCUACUUUAAAAAGGAUGAUAAUGGCGAGAGAAUCUACGAAGCCGAUCCCGACUGUUACAAUGGUGCUCGACGCGAUAUGUACUCAUGGAGUCAAAAAAUUCUUGAAAUUGAUAUUCAUGUGAAGAUACCAGAAAGGAUUAAGACAGCACGACAACUUAACGUCAAAGUCGAUCGCAGGCACAUUUUGAUUGAGGAAAAGGGAUCUGCAGAACCCAUAAUUGAUCUCGACCUCUUGAAAGAUAUCAAAACCGAGUCGGCACAGUGGUCAUUUGAAGUUAAUGAACACUUGCUGACAUUGUCCCUAGAUAAGGUAGAGGAAUACUGGUGGGAGGCGGCAUUUGUGGGGGAGGAGAAAAUUAAUGUCCAAGAGAUUGACUGCUCCCGUCCUAUCCACGAGUUGGACGAUGAGGCGCAGGGUAAAAUUGCUCAACUACUCUUCGAUCAGGAGCAGAAGCGUCGUGGCCUCCCCACCACGGAGGAACAGCGAAUUCAGGAUAUCCUAAAAGAUGCCUGGAACAAAGAUGGUUCUCCCUUUAAAGGGCAGCCGUUUGACCCUAGCAGGAUCUCGGUAGAGUCCUCGGCCCAACUUCCAACAAGGAAGCAUUGA